UUUUCUAAAGCUCAAACUAGGCUCCAAAGCUCUCAAAGCUAGCUCUUCUUUCAAAAACCUGACCAUCUAUUUCCUGUUAACGUAGUGUGAUAUCAUUCAAGCCUUAAAACCCAGGAGGGUAGUUUCUGUUUCCUCUGUUUUGUUUUCAAAGCAUCUCUGCAGGUUUUAGUGAGAGUGGGAGGGGUGGUGUUGAGGGAUAAGAAAUAAGAGAAGAAAAGAAGGAAGAAGUAGUUUUCAUCCUCAGAAAAGAAAGUGUUCUCAAAAGGGGGUGUAGGGGGGUGGGUUUUAGCCAAGUGAUGCGCUCAGGAGUUUGUGCGGCACAGCAGACCCUCACAGCGGAGGCUGCUUCAGUUUUGAAGCAUUCUCUCAGCCUGGCAAGGAGGAGAGGCCAUGCUCAGGUCACUCCUCUCCAUGUGGCUGCAACUUUGCUGAGUUCAAGAGCCAGUCUUUUGAGAAGGGCUUGUCUCAAAUCUCAGCCACACCACACAUCAUCGCAUCCUCUCCAAUGCAGAGCUCUUGAACUUUGCUUCAAUGUGGCUCUCAACAGGCUGCCAACCGCGCCUGCUCCUCUGCUCCAAUGCCAGCCAUCUCUCUCCAAUGCUCUAAUUGCAGCACUGAAAAGAGCUCAGGCGCACCAAAGAAGGGGCUGCAUAGAACAACAGCAACAGCAGCCGCUUUUAACCAUAAAAGUUGAGGUAGAACAACUUAUCAUAUCCAUCUUAGAUGAUCCUAGCGUCAGUAGGGUUAUGAGAGAGGCUGGUUUCUCAAGCACUUCUGUCAAGAACAACAUAGAGGACUCUUCAGCCACUUCUGUUUUUCAGUGUUAUAACAGUUCUGGUGGGGUUUUUUCUUCACCUUGCUCACCUUCUCCUGCUGACACCCAGAGAGAAAUCAUCAAUCCUAGCACUUUCUGGCAGACCCAUUUCUUGACUUACUCUUCUGAUAUAAACCCACUUCUCUUUUCCCCUCAAAAGAAAUUUCCAACCAACCCCAUCACAGGUGGUUUAGCCUCUGUGAAGGAAGAUGUCAAGUUGGUCUUUGAGGUGCUUCUGAGGAACAACAAGAGAAGGAACACUGUGAUAGUUGGUGACUCACUGCUCAUCACUGAAGGCAUAGUAGCAGAGUUAAUGUCAAGGCUUGAGAGAGGAGAAGUUCCUGAAGAGCUGAAAUCAACCCAUUUCAUCAAAUUUCAGUUUGCACCAGUUUCUUUAAGAUUCAUGAAGAAGGAAGAUGUGGAGAUGAACCUUUCAGAACUUAAAAGAAAGGUGCAUUCUCUUGCAUCAUCAGGAGGUGGAGCCAUUGUUUACACUGGUGACCUGAAAUGGACGGUUGAGACAAAUUUUAAUGAGAGAGAAGCGUCAGAUUAUAACCCAGUUGAUCAUCUUGUUGCGGAAAUAGGAAGGUUAGUCUCUGACUAUGGCAGCUCAAACACAAAGGUUUGGUUAAUGGCAACUGCAAGUUACCAGACAUACAUGAAGUGCCAAAUAAGGCAACCUCCUCUUGAGGUUCAAUGGGCUCUUCAAGCAGUUUCUGUUCCAUCAGGUGGACUUGGUUUAAGCCUCCAUGGUUCCAGUGUGCUUGAUUCAAAGAUAACCUUCUCCCAGAACCCAUGUCAAGUGUUGGAAGCAAAGCCAUUUAGUAGCAAGGAGGAACAAGAUAAGCUCACUUGCUGUGCAGAAUGUGCCUCAAAUUAUGAAAAAGAAGCUCAGUUGUUCAAAUCUGGCCAGCAAAAGCUCUUGCCACCCUGGCUGCAACCCCGUGGGACUGAAGCCCGUCAAAAGGAUGAAUUGGUUGAGUUGAGAAGAAAGUGGAACAGACAGUGCCAGAGCCUACACCAUGGCAGGCAUGCUCAAAGCCAUAUCAGCUCCACUCUGUACAGCAAUGAAGGCCUAACUGGAAAGAGCUACGCCUAUUCUUCAUCUUGCUGGCCAAGACAGAACAGCAUCUUCCCUGAUUCGAACUCGAUUUCCUUUGCGAACAAUUCAGCUUUGAAGUCCACGAACAGCUCCAAUCUCUUCCCUCGAUUCAGACGGCAACAGUCGUGCAGUACCAUUGAAUUCAAUUUCAAUGGCGGUACCGAGAAACACCAAUCAGCGGAACCGCGCUUGGAUUCUCUUAAAGACAUUGAUGGUAAGGAACUGAAGAUCACUCUUGCUCUGGGCAAUUCUCUUUUUUCUGAUUCAGCAGAAUUGGUGGAACGGAAAAGUGAACGAACAAUGCAACGAGCUGAUACAUGUAAGCUACUGCAAGAGAAUGUGCCGUGGCAAUCCGAAACCACUCCUUCAAUAGCAGAAGCCUUGAUCGAAUCGAAGCUGGCGAAGCAGGAGACAUGGUUACUAAUUCAGGGGAAUGACUGGAUAGGAAAAAGAAGGCUGGCGCGAGCAAUUGCAGAAUCCAUUUUCGGGUCUGCUGAUUUGGUCCUCCACAUGAACAUGACAAAAAGAGCAAAUGAAGUGAUCCCCUGUUCUGAAGUCCUCGCGAAAGCCUUGGAAAACAACGGAAAGCUCGUCGUCUUUGUGGAAGAUAUUGAUCUGGCGGAUGCCCAGUUCAUGAAAUUCCUUGCUGAUCGAUAUGAAACAGGAAAGUAUGGAGAAUCAAGCAAAGGAGAGGGUGGUGCUGUAGGCCAAGCAAUAUUUUUGUUGACUAAGGGCGGUUCCACGAGCUAUGAAGAAAAAAAGAAUCAAGAGUCUGUGAUUAGCCUGAACUUGAGAAUCAAUGAAUCAAUGAAUCAGAGCUAUAACUUCGAUCACAAGCGCAAACACGAGUGGGAUUUGUCAAGCAAGACAAAGACUGCAAGAUUUGAAGAAAAGGAAGAUAUUUCAUCUUCUGUAGCUGGCGAGAACGGCGGCAUCAGCAAGAAAGACUUCUCAAGGCAAUCAAGCUUCAGUACCCUUGAUCUGAACAUUGGAGCCGAUGAUCAGAACGAUGAAAGCGACGAUAAACCAGGGGAGUACAGCCCCAUUUCGAGCGACUUGACUCGUGAAACCACCACCGAUCCCCGUAGCCCAAAUGGGUUUCUGGAGCUGAUCGAGAACCGCUUCGUUUUCGAUCGGAGCCCCGCCCGGGAUAGAGAGAUGAUAGAGCUUUUCAUGUCGAAGAUCAAAGGGUCGUUCUUGGAGGUUUGUGGGAAGAAAAAUGCGGAAAGUUUUGUUGUUGAAGAGAGGGUGUUAGAUGAGGUGUUGGUUGGGUCUGCUUCGUUUCCCAACAGCUUGUUUGAGAAAUGGCUGAAAGACAUUUUUCAAACGAGCUUGCAACUAACUGUCAAAUUUGGCGGGAAGGAGGAGGGUAUGGGUGUUGUUAAGCUGUGUUUGGGUGGCGGCAAAGGAGAUGGGAUUUUGGAGGAGGAUGGCUUCAUGGGCUCAUGUCUACCCAAGAAAGUAUCUUUCAUGGACUGAGUGGUUUUUCUUUUUUCUUUUUCUUUUUUUUUUUUCUUUUUUUUUUUUUUGUGUAAAAUCUUUCACAAAUGAAAGUAAGUGGCCACAGUAUCCUCUUAUGUAA